AUGAGCCUAAUCCACAUAGGCAGAAACAUAUUCACUGUUUUUGUACUCUUCAAUUUUGCGGCAACAACAAUUUUUAUAGUAGAAGCGGUAAAUGCCAUUCCAAGGUCCUAUAUUGUCGAAUAUGAACAUAAUAGCGGUGGUUCAAAUUACCACCACAAUGCCGUCAAUCAGGAACUGGAGCAAUAUAACGAUCUGUAUAAAGUAAAACAUGUCUAUUCUUCGCCUAUCUUUAAUGGCAUGUCUGUUACUCUCAACGACAAUCACACCAAACAAUUACAACAACAUUCCGCAGUAUCGAGUAUUGCAUCAACACUGGCUAAAUCAAACGACCAUCAUCAUCCAGUAUUCAGUCAAUUAAGAAGCCACCCUGUAGUGAAACAUAUAUACCCUAUCUACGAAGUGCCGAGGCCUCAAUGGAAAGCAAACCAAGAAGACAUAAGCCUACCUUACUUGGGGAGAGAUUCACAAGUAAAUGACAUACAUAGUAAAUUGGGCCUAACUGGCAAAGAUGUUUUAAUUGGUGUCUUAGAUUCAGGAGUUGACUAUUACCAUCCCGCUUUAGGUGGUGGUUUCGGUGAGGAUCAUAAAAUCAAGCUGGGGAAGAAUUUGGUGUCUGCAGAGGAUGACCAAGAAAACGGUGUUGAACCAUUGGGUGAAAACGAUCCUUAUGACCCUUGUAGAAAUAAUGAUGCGGGGCAUGGGACGCACGUUGCUGGUGUGAUUGCUGGGUAUUAUCCAGAAAAAAAUUUCGUAGGUAUUGCACCCAAUGCAAGUUUAGGGGUCUUUAGAAUCUUCGGCUGUGAAGGCGGCGCUACAGAAGAUACGGUCAUUAAAGCAAUGGAAAUGGCUUAUAAAGCAGGUUGUAAAGUGAUCAAUCUCAGUCUAGGUAUUGAAAAUAGUUGGCCGGAGGAUGCAAUGUCUGUUGUAGCGGAAAGGCUGUCGAAUCAGGGUGUUGUUGUGGUUGGUGUCGCAGGCAAUCAAGGCGAAAACGGUGUUUACUCACAAAACUCACCAGCAACAGCGAGAAGUGUCAUCUCCGUUGCAUCCGUCGAUAACUCGUUUGUAUACUCAAAUGUUAUCAGCUUCGAUUUCAUUAACGAUGAAUAUUUUUCGUUUGCUACAUCUACAACAACCGACGGUUUUCCCAACGGAACUAUAGCAACUAUAACCGAGAACGGACAGGUACCUUUCGGGUGUAUGAGUGAUACCAGUAUAACAACAAAUAGUGCUCAGGGAAAGAUACUACUGGUUCGACGCGGUGCUUGCACGUUCAGAGAAAAGGUUGAAAAAGCGCAGAGUGUUGGCGCUAUUGGUGUAUUGUUUUACGACCCAAAUGCCCAGGACAAAUCGGUUCCCAUUGCUGAUACAGAAGGCACAGAUUUACCGUUUGCGGGUAUUGACUCACAAUUGGCAGGUCGACUUGCAGAGAGGAUGACACAAGAAAGUGAAGGCAUCCAAGUUAUCAUUCCUGCAGAAAAACAAAUUGUUGUUCCACCAAGAGCAGGAAAAAUCUCAGGAUUCUCCAGUACAGGCCCUAAUUAUGAAUUGGAUUUAAAACCUUCUAUAACAGGUAUUGGUGGAAGUGUCUACUCGACGCUGCCCCUUGGUGUUAAUGAUGGGUGGGGUGUUCGUUCAGGAACGUCGAUGGCUUCUCCUCAAGUUGCAGGCUCUGCUGCUCUGUUAAUAGAAUACCAGAAACUGCAACAAUUGAACUAUACAUCGCAUUACAUAAUAGAGCAAUUACAAAAUCAUGGAAAGCUUAUUGCUGCUGAAGAUGGUAGAUUGGAGCAUCCUGUUGUUCAAGGUGCAGGCCUCGUUCAACGUAAAUGA